UGUUCGAUUAAAGAGCACUGUCAAGGUUGGCAGGUACGAAAGAGUUGAAUUAAAAAGUCCAACAGAAUUUUCGAGUAUUACAAAACACAUAAAAAUAUUAUUUCGCAAAAUUUUUUGUAAGAUAUAUUCAAAAGAUCCAAAGGAAAUCGGAGAAGAAUCAAAGAUAAUUGUAAGAGUUUCCGAUUCUAUAAUGAUUACGAACGUAGAGCCUGUAAGAACCGCGAACGUCGAGAUUCUUUGCAACCGCGAUGAUCUCGACGAUCUACUGGAAGAAGAGGAGAAAGAAAACGUGAACACAUACGGCAAGAUCAUUCUCAGGGAAUACUUGAGUCUUCUCUCCGCUGAGGACGCAAAGAUCAAUUUCAUUCUAAAGGUUCUGACAAAGGCGGUAAACGAACAUAAAAUUUUCGUGAUUUAUGGCACCUUCCCAGUGCUAAGGAAGCCUCUAGGAAGAAGAAACUGGAUAGAGAAAAGGUUCAUCAGAAGAAUGCUCUCAAUGUCACCGGAAAUCUCGGAAGCUGGCUUGGAAACGAUUGAAAAAUUAUUACGUUAUCCUGCUAAUUUUAUAUGGUCCACUAAUAAAAGAGUAGCGGUUAGAACAGAAGAAAGAACCAUAAUUAAUAAAUUCUCCGGGUGCUAUUUCACAUCAAAGGUUACUUAUAGCAAGUGAUUUUCUAAUAUCCAUAAUCUUUUUUCGUUCGGAAGGUAUGAAGAAACUAUUGGAAACUAUGUUAAAAUUAUUUCAGAUCGAUAUGUGCAAUAAUCUAGAAAAUAUUUCUUGGUUCUAUGAAACUGGCGUGUCAAACGUACAAUUUCCACGAUGCUACAAUGUUUAUCAGGUUCGUAUACGAUUUUUCAUUUUGAUGGUAAUAAAAACAUGUCACAAGUGUACAGCCUGUGCAGAUAAAGGAAUUCGUGCAAGAUUUUUACAUCACAGCUUGCAUGGGAAUUCUCAAGUGGUUCUUAUUCUUGGCCAGCAUCGCUGGACCAAAUGCUGUUUGGUCCCAAGACGGCACUGUCCCUAUCAAAGCAGUUUUAUUCGCUCUUGAACGUUGCGCGGAAUACAUAAGGUUUUAAAAAAACAAAGUAAAAUACUCUCGAGGCAUUUUCUAUCGAAUCCAAAUAAAUUGUAGCAUCUGCGCGCACGAGGACAUAGAUGGACAGAGUUAUAAAGACAUAUCAAUUUCUAAUUGGAAUCAAUUUUUAUCGUGGUACGAAAGACUUUUGCAUAAACGAGAAAUAUUGGAGAAGAAUGAUGGCAUAGAUAUCGAAGUAUGCAAUUAAUAUAAAAUCAAAAUGAUGGUAGAUUAUAUUGAAAAUUUGUUGUUAGGAACUAUUACGAUUCACCGCAAAUAUGAUAAAAGAAAUGAUAGAGUGUCGUCCUCAGAGUCAAAUUGAUGGAAUGCGGAAUGUCUGGAUUUUAAAACCAGGUGACAAGAGCUUGGGUAAAGGUAUAAUUCUUAAGAAU